AUGGCACAAGCAAGGAAAGUUAUCUUUAAAGCAGCUCAGAAAACAGUCCUGGCAAAAGAACUGGCAGUUCUCCAUGCCAACAAAACCAUACCAAAGAACAGUCCUCUGAGGACACUCAACCCAAUCUUGGAGGAUGACCUCAUCUGCGUUGGAGGGCGACUAAAGCACUCUCAUCUUGCUACCGCAGAGAAGAACCCAAUAGUUCUGCCCAAAGGAAGCCACAUUUCCCUACUGCUCACACGGCAUCACCAUGAGCAGGUGAGACACCAAGGCCGUCACCUGACGGAAGGAGCGAUUAGGGCAGCAGGACUGUGGCUCUUGGGAGGCAAGAAGCUCAUUAACUCAGUAAUCCACAAAUGCGUAACCUGUCGCAAGCUACGCGGGAAGCUGAAGGAACAAAAGAUGGCAGACCUGCCUUCAGAACGUCUUGAAAUCUGCCCUCCUUUUACAUAUGUGGGCCUCGAUCUAUUUGGGCCCUGGUCUGUUACAAUCAGACGCACCAGAGGAGGACAGGCAGAGAGCAAGCGUUGGGCCAUCAUGUUCAGUUGUAUGAGUUCCAGAGCUGUUCACAUCGAAGUUAUCGAAUCUAUGGACACAUCCAGUUGCAUAAAUGCCCUCAGACGUUUCUUCGCACUCAGAGGCCCAGCUAAACAGCUAAGAUCUGAUUGCGGCACCAAUUUCGUUGGAGCAAGCAAGGAGCUUGGGAUGGACAAAUCAGUACAAAGGUACCUCAGCGAACAAGGAUGUAGCUGGGAAUUCAACCCCCCGCACGCCUCUCAUAUGGGAGGUUCCUGGGAGCGUAUGAUUGGCGUUGCCAGAAGAAUCCUCGACUCAAUGCUCCAACAGCAAAACACUCGCUUGACCCAUGAAGUGCUUUGCACACUAAUGGCGGAAGUCACAGCGAUUAUGAAUGCACGCCCACUCUUACCUGUGUCUACAGAUCCCGAGAAACCUUUCAUACUUUCUCCGUCCAUGAUCCUCACACAGAAGUCGGGAGUUACACCUCCUCCUGGAGACUUUUCCGACAAGGAUCUGUACACAAAGCAAUGGAGACAAGUCCAGGCCCUCGCAAACCAGUUCUGGACCCGCUGGAGCCGAGAAUAUUUACCUUCCUUGCAGCACAGACAGAAGUGGACAGUGCCCCGCAGAAACCUUCAGGUUGGAGAUCUGGUUCUGCUCAGGGACAAGCAGGCCGCUCGCAACAACUGGCCUAUGGCCAGAGUCAAUGCCACAUUCCCUGGGAAAGAUGGGCAUGUAAGGAAGGUCGAAGUGAAAACAACUGACCAAGGCAAUGUUAAAACCUUUCUCCGGCCGACUGCAGAGAUUGUUCUGCUCCUUCCUGAAGACUGAUCUAAAGACAAUGUUCAAGACCGGUACAAGUUCUAAGUGACCUCACAUAGGUCAGACGGGGAGUGUGUUGUCUCUCCUGGCACUCAUUUAAUAUUCUUACAUUGAUUUCUUAAAUAUG